AUGCCCAGCUUCUUUCAAUUCACCCAAGGCACUGAAUCGCGCGUGCGGCCUACAGACUCGUCGCCUUUGCUUGGUCGCUACCGAGCAGUGCCUCCCCGCCCUGGCAUCGGACAGCGUCGCCCGAGCAGUCCGCUGGGCUUGCUGUCGAGUCACUAUGAAAAUGGCCGUGACAGCAUCCAUGUUGGAUACGGAGCGCUGAUUGUGGCCGAGAUCGAAGCUGCGCGCCUGGGCUCUCUGGGCAACUCUGGCGUCGGAGAUGACGAAGCGACGGCUGGCAUGUCGAGAUGGGAGCGGUUGUGGCAGGGAUACUUUAUCGAUCUUUUUGUUGAUCCAAGGCCGUCGGCGGUGAAGCGCGUGGUAGACAGGUGGUGGAGUCGAUAUGGUCUGCUGGUGUUUCUGCCCGCGGCACUGGCCGUUGCCUGGUGCGCAGUUCCUUUCCCGCAGUACUCGUUCCCGGACGAGGACAACGACGGCGCCGAGAGUAGCGUUUGGCUGCGGCUUACACGGGCUGUGGCGACGUUUGACAGCAAGACGCCGGGUCACGGAGCAGCUCGUGUGCAGGUCAACUUUUGGUUCUUCCUGUUUGUUUACUACGGCUUCUACAACCUCAGCGCGCUGAUUUGGAUCACCAAAGUUUUUAACCUCUAUAGAUUGAACUGGUGGCCGCGGUCUUUCGGCUUUCCAGUCACAGUCUUUCUCUUGGCCAUCCUAUCUCUCGCCGUGCCCAUUCCCGUGUACUUCAUCCCUUCCACUCGCUUCCUUACUGCCCACAACACAGCAUGGGUAUCAUGGACAUUCAUCAUCAUGGCCAUGCCUGUCGCCAUUGCUUUUCUUAUUCUCAUGACGAAUGAACGCCAUAUCGGGCUGCGGCACUCUCUAUCAGAGACGCAACGCAUCUUUACGACCUCGUGGUGGACGGGAGAGCCCGACUCAUUUCCCAACCGAGAACGCCGGCGCCGCGAUUUUCCAGACGACCUCUGGGAGCAGGAUGUCUUGAGAGUCUUGCCUCCUUCAGGGCCCACUAGGGUGACCCUGCGGCGGCGAUGGCUGCCUGCAAGUUUUGUGAGGUUUCUGUGGUUCUGCGUGGCGCUCUUCAUCGGGCUGAUGGCGUAUGUUUUGGGAGAAGCGUAUGCCGAACUUUAUCUCCGGACGUUGCCGCACAAUAAUUUUGAGACUAUUGUAUAUGUAUACGGCUGGGUGGUGACGGUACAUUUGCUGGACGCUCUGACAGGCUGGGUUCUGGGCAUUAAAGAAGGCGAGCGUGUAGGGAGCUAUCCUUUAAGCUGGGUCUUUAAACUAUAUUUCAUGUUGACGUAUCAGACCUACGUCCGAGCUCUGUACGCCCGUCUUCGCUCACCGUCCCAAUUCAUCAUUCUUCAAAUUUUCUCCUCCACAGGACUGGUCAUAAUCUCGCCCAUCAUGAUGACUCGUCUCUUUCAUAAGGUCCUCACCAUUCUAGGCCUUAGCGGGUUAACUUACGAGACAUACCAAAAACUGCAAACUCGAAACCUCUUUAUACGAUUUUUGGCCGAAAAUACAUCAAUGGCCACGUUCCUCGGAAGCAUCCUCGUGCUCCAUUUCGGCGCCAACAAAGAGGUGUAUCCGUACUUCGCCUUUGACAAGGCCGAGGAUGAAACUCUACAAUACGAUUUCAACCUCACGUUCUAUGCCUCCAUGGUUACGUGGGGAUGCGAGCUGGUGGCUAGUCUUGUUGUCCGGGGGCUGAUUGCCCUCUUCUUUAGAAUUGACGUUGGGUUGGAGGGCAAGCUGGAUCUGGCGGUUUGGCCGGAGCUGCUGCCCACGAGCGUGGCGGUGAUUCUUCACGUUUUGCAGAAUAUGCUGUUCUCGAUUAUACGUUUACAAUUUCGGAGUUGA